AUGCAACUAAAUUCAAUUAUUUUAGUUUCAUUAGCUACUUCCAUUUCAUUAGUUAAAGCAGCACCUUUUAAUUUUUUUAAAAGAUAUACAAAUGAAUCAUUACCAAUUUCAUCAUCAUCUGUUUUAAGUGGUGUUAGUAGUAGUUUAUUAGAAGAUGAUUAUGGUUAUUCAGCAAGUAUUUAUUCAUCAUCAUCAGAAGAAGAUAUUUGGAUUACUUCAACUGUUUUACAAUAUGUUACUUUAACUCAAGAUACAACUACUGAAACUUCUGCUACAAAUACUUUAACAACAACUUAUAAAUCUUCACCACCAGCUUCAAGUUCUUCUGAAGCAGAUGUUGAUAUAACUUCAACUAUUAUUGAAUAUGUUACUUUAACUUCAGAUGGUUCAAUUUUAACUUCUGCUACAAAUACUGCUACUACUAUUAUUCAUGCAGCUGAUGUAGAAGAUUCAGAAGAAGAAGGUAGUUCUUAUGAAACUACUACUUCAACUAUAACUUCAAUUGUCACUAUAACUAAUGAAGAAGGUUCAACUGAAUUAUCAACUGAAACUGAAAUAACUAAAUCUAUUGAAGCAAAAGAAGCUUCAACUGUUGCUCCAGUUUCCGCAUUAGCUUCAUCUACUGAUGUUUGUGUUCCUUCAACAGUUACAGUCACAGUUACAGCAACUCCAUCAAAUGCUGAUAUUACAUCAACUCAAGAUAUAACAACUACAAUUUCAACAUCAAUCAUUGUUACAACUUAUCCAUUAGAAGCAACUUUUUCAAAUGAUGAUAUAACUACAACAUUAACUUCAUAUGUUGAAUUAACUCAAACUGAAUUAUUUACAUUAACUUCAUCAUUACAAUAUAAUAAUGGUUCUUCUUCAAGUAUUGCUCCAACUUAUGGUACUACACCUUAUGGAAAUUAUACAAUUUAA